ACAGUUGACUUGGUUUAUGGUACGAGUAGUGAUCAAGUUUUCUCUUUUUUCCAAUAGGGCUAGUGAAUUUCAACUUCUUCCGAAAAUCUUGUAUUAUUCUUUCUUUCCAUUUGGUCUCAUUUGUCAUUGCCUCUCCCAGGUUAACACCCCCUCAUCCCUAUUGCUAUUUUUUACAUGAAAUGUACUAGAUCUCCAGCUCUUCCCUUCUCUGACAGUUUUGGCAAUUGAGCAGGAGUGCACAGUGAAAGUGAAUCUGGGUGUCAAAAUUUCAGUUGGCCUUGUUGCUCAGAGGAAUGCUUGUUGCCAUAAUUUUUAGGAAAACAUGUUGAAUGACAGAAUAUCUUCCAGGGAUUUGAUAAUGGGAAUAAUCUUCUUGUCACUGAUGAUAGUUGGAAUUGUGGGUAAUUUCUUUCUUCUUUACCAUUACCUGUUCCUUUUCCAUACCAAAUGCAGGGUGAGGUGUACCCGUUUGAUUCUCAAGCACCUGAUCAUAUCCAACUCCUUGGUCAUUCUCUCUAAGGGAGUCCCCCAGACAAUGAUGACUUUUGGGUUGAAACAUUUUUCCAGCAAAUUUGGGUGCAAACUUCUUUUAUAUGUUCAGAGAGUGAGCAGGGGCAUGUCCAUUAGCAGCAUCUGCCUCUUGAGUGUGUUCCAGACCAUCGUGAUCAGCCCCAUGAACUCCUGUUGGAAGGAUCUUAAAGUCAGAGCCCCAAAGUAUGUUGGCCUCUCCAUCUCCCUCUUGAUCAUGUACAUAUUUGCAAAUUUAAUUUUUCAUGUGUAUGUGUUGUAUGUGUCUGAUAAAUGGAGCAUGAAAAACAUCACAAACAAAGGCUAUUUACAGUACUGUUUUACUAUAGAUCAUGAGACAAUUACAGCCCCAAUGUAUGCACUGUUGAUAAUACUCUCUGAAGUUUCAUUUUCCGGGCUCAUGAUCUGGGCCUGUGGCUCCAUGGUUUUCAUCCUGCACAGGCACAGACAGCGGGUUCAACACAUUCACAGGCCUAAUAAUGUCUCCCCCAGAUCCUCUGCUGAGUCCAGAGCCACCCAGAGUAUCCUUGUCCUGGUGACCACCUUUAUGUGUUUUUACUUCCUCUCCUCCAUCUUUCAUGCUUGUAUUGCUUUUAUUUAUAAUCCCAGAUGGCGGCUGGUGAAUACUGCUGUGGUGAUUUCUCUGUGUUUUCCAACUGUCACUCCCUUUCUGCUCAUGAGUCAAGACUCUGCUAUACCCAGGCUCAGCUUUUCCUGGAUAAGGAACAGAAAAUCCUUUAACUGUACCAGAAAAAAAUAA